AUGGUGAGACAACAACCACCAUUGCAGGCGGCCAGCACCACGGCAUCCCAGGUACAGCCUAAGAGCCCGGUCCCAGCCCGCGGUGGAGGUGCUGGGGCAGGGAAGGGGAAGUCCAGGGUCAAGAAGGGCAAAGGAGGUAAGGCCAAACCCGAACCUCCGGAAGAGACGGACCCCAGGAAGCUGGAGCUACGCAACUGGGUGAACUCUCUGGAGCAGGCCAUGAUGGACGCCCUGGUGCUUGACAGGGUUAUGGUGAACUCUCUGGAGCAGGCCAUGAUGGACGCCCUGGUGCUUGACAGGGUUAUGGUGAACUCUCUGGAGCAGGCCAUGAUGGACGCCCUGGUGCUUGACAGGGUUAUGGUGAACUCUCUGGAGCAGGCCAUGAUGGACGCCCUGGUGCUUGACAGGGUUAUGGUGAACUCUCUGGAGCAGGCCAUGAUGGACGCCCUGGUGCUUGACAGGGUUAUGGUGAACUCUCUGGAGCAGGCCAUGAUGGACGCCCUGGUGCUGGACAGGGUGGACUUCGUCAAGCUGCUGAUAGAGAACGGUGUCAACAUCCACCACUUCCUCACCAUCCCUCGUCUGGAGGAACUAUACAACACGAGGCUGGGCCCAACAAAUACACUGCACUUUGUAGUUAGAGACGUUAAAAAGGGAAAUCUUCCACCGGAUUACCAGAUCACCUUGAUCGAUAUCGGAUUGGUCCUGGAGUUCCUGAUGGGCGGGGCUUAUCGCUGUAACUAUACCAGAAAGCAGUUCCGCACCCUCUACAACAACCUCUACGGGUUAAAAAGACCGAAAGCUUUAAAAAUGUUAGGACUGGAGGACGACGAGCCACGAGGAAAGGGCAAGAGUAAAGGGAAGAAGAAGAAGAAGGAGGAAGAGAUCGACAUCGAUGUGGACGACCCAGAGGUCUGCCGCUUCCAGUACCCGUUCCAUGAGCUGAUGGUGUGGGCCGUUCUCAUGAAGCGCCAGAAGAUGGCUCUGUUCCUGUGGAAGCGGGGGGAAGAGGCCAUGGCCAAAGCUCUGGUGGCCUGUAAGCUGUACAAGGCCAUGGCCCACGAGUCGUCUCAGAGUGAACUGGUGGACGACAUUUUCCAGGACCUGGAAAACAAUUCCAAAGAGUUUGGCCAGCUGGCCUACGAGCUCCUAGACCAGUCCUAUAAGCACGAUGAGCAGGUGGCCAUGAAACUACUGACCUAUCAGCUGAAGAACUGGAGUAACUCCACCUGUCUGAAGCUGGCUGUAGCCGCCAAGCACAGAGACUUUAUCGCCCACACCUGCAGUCAGAUGCUACUUACUGAUAUGUGGAUGGGAUGUCUGAGAAUGGGCAAGAGGAACGGGUUCAAGGUGAUAUUUGGCAUAAUUUUCCCACCUUCGAUUCUCCUCAUGGAUUUUCGACUCGGGGAAGAAGUGACAUAUCAAGCCCCAGCAGAGAACGAAGAAGCGAAGGACAAAGACGAUGACAAUAAAUCCAGCAAGAUCUCCUACCUGGCCUACCUGUGUUUGUACAACUACAUCAUCCUGGUCAAGAUGGAACGUUGGCCGUCCCUGCAGGAGUGGAUCGUCAUCUCUUACAUCAUCACUCUGGGAAUGGAGAAAGUCAGACAG